AUGGCUAAGCAGGGAGCCAAUGCUUCGGUGAUAGCCCAAGCUUAUGAGGUUCUAGGUGAUCCAGAGAAGCGUGAGAUCUAUGAUCAGUAUGGAAAGGAUACUCUCAAGGAAGGAAUGGGUGGUGGACAUGACCUAUUUGACAUAUUCCAAUCUUUUUUUGGUGGCAGCCCUUUUGGAGGUGGUGGAAGCAACAGAGGCCAAAGGCAAAGGAGGGUAGAUGAUGUGAUCCAUCCCCUCAAGGUUUCUUUGGAGGACCUCUACAAUGGAACAUCCAAGAAGUUUUCCCUCUCUCAUAACGUGACCUGCUCCAAGUGCAAGGGUAAAGGCUCCAAGUCAAGUGCUUCAAUGGAAUGUCCUAGUUAAGGUUCUUGAACCAAAAUCUCCAUCAAACACCUUGGGCCCUCUAUGAUAGUGCUGUACAGAAACCGAUGGGACCUACCGUCGCCAACGCAGACCGGCCAUUGGAGUCUGGAACUGGCCCAAACCAGCAGAGAACCAAUCGGCUGACGGUAUAAAUUUAAUGAAAUGGACGCUGGCCAGUUUGGUCCCAAUUUGAACUAAACCCAAACCACCGAACCGGCUGAUAUAUAUACUUGAGUGAAAAGACAUCGUUUUACACCUACCGUUUAAAAAUAAAAUAAAAUGAAAUGAUGAUGUUUGGUUUAAUACACCAAACGACGUCAUUUGGCUUUAGGGUUUAAUACCCUUGUGUCCCCCCUCCCAUCUCCUUCUUCUUCUCCCCUGAUUGAAUCUUCUCAGAGUCUCUCUCACGCACAGCUACCGCUGCUUCUGCUAGUCUCUCCUCUCUCAUGCCACGGAGCCUCUCCCUUGAACAACGGACGACAUCCAGCUCACCCUCUCUCUCACAUAGCGUAGCUCACCUCCUUUAACCUCCCCUCCCUCCCUUUCCCUCUCUUUCGUUAACCUUUCCUCCAUCACUCAUCUCGCUGAGCUCUCUCAUCUCGCCGCCCAUGGAAGAAUCUGGGACUUCAAGUGGUUUAAUGGCUUAAUGCUGUUAUUUUGUGGAUUUAUUAGUGUUUGGUGAAUCGGUGAUGAGAAAAUCGAGCUUGUCCAUUUUUUGUGUUUGAUGAUAGAAAACUUGAUUCCCCAAAUUGCCGAACCGAUUGGUACUGACCGUCAAAUUAUGGCCGAUUCUCUUUCUCACUAUCAGUUGGUUUCGGUCGAGAAUAGCAUAUUUUCUUCCUAUCGGUGUGGUUUUGGUUUUGGACCAAAAUUACAUUGAUAUAUUCGGUUUUCAGCUCUACUCUAUGAUCCAGCAAAUGCAACAUGCUCGCAAUGAGUGUAAGGGUAAUGGUGAGGCCAUCAAUGACAAGGACUGUUGCCUAUAGUGCAAGGGAGAGAAGCUUGUCUAGGAGAAGGAGGUUUUGGAAGUUAUUGUUAAGAAGGGUAUUCAGAAUGGAUAGAGGAUUACAUUCCCUAGAGAAGUCGAUGAUGCAGCGAGGCUAAUGUGUCCUUUUCAUAUUUCUUUUAUAUGCAUUUUUUCACGUUAUAAAAUAUUUUUGUUGUUUUUGGAGUGCUAAUGUGGUUAGUUUGUUAGAAAUGGGGAAAAUUAAUUUUUUAUAUUUUUCUUUUCCAUGUAAGACUGAUAUUUGGCUAUUAGUAUGAGUAUUUGACUCCUUUUGAGCCUA